UCCAUUGUACUGUGAACAUACCAAACAUUAAUGGCUAAAACCAGAGGUUCUUGUUUCGUUUACGUUCUCUUCGCAAUCGCCGUUCUAGCGAUUGCCCAUUUCUGCAACUGCGAAGCUGUCUUGUCUGAGAAAGAGCAGGAUAAGGUCUCCAAGUUGCCCGGUCAGAACUUCAAUGUAAAUUUUGCUCACUAUUCUGGAUUCGUUACGACGAAUGAGAAGCUGGGAAGAGCGCUCUUCUAUUGGCUAUUUGAAGCUGCCGAAGAUCCUGCGUCUAAGCCUCUUGUUCUCUGGCUCAAUGGAGGACCAGGAUGUUCAUCAGUUGGAUUUGGUGAAGCAGAAGAGAUUGGACCAUUUCACAUUAACCCAGAUGGGAAGACUCUUUACCUUAACCAAUAUUCUUGGAACCAAGCUGCGAAUAUUUUGUUCCUUGAUGCACCAGUUGGAGUUGGCUUUUCAUACUCAAACACUUCAUCUGAUUUGGUUACCAAUGGUGAUAAGAGAACUGCACAAGACUCGCUAACAUUUCUGCUGAAAUGGGUUGAGAGAUAUCCGGAGUACAAAGGAAGAGAGUUUUAUAUAGUUGGGGAGAGCUAUGCAGGGCAUUACAUUCCUCAGCUGAGCCAAGCCAUUGUAAGACAUAACCAAGCUUCUGGCGAAAACACAAUCAACCUGAAGGGUUACAUGGUAGGGAAUGGGUUGAUGGAUGAUCGCCAAGACCAGGUCGGUCUUUUCCAGUAUAUUUGGACGCUGGGUUUCAUCUCCGACCAAACAUACACCUUACUGAAACUUCAGUGUGGUUUGGAACCCUUUAUUCACUCCUCUGACGCCUGUAAUAACGCUCUGGAGAUAUCGUACAAGGAAAUGGGUAACAUAGACCAUUACAGUGUCUUCACACCGGCCUGUGUUGCAAGUGCUUCCCAGUCAAGAAUGUUGCUAAACAGAAGACCAGUGAAUAGCCGUGUGAGUGAACAAUAUGAUCCUUGCACGGAGCAACACUCCAAAGUGUAUUUCAAUCUUCCAGAGGUUCAAAGAGCUCUCCAUGUCCCACCAGAAGUUGCACCGUCCAAAUGGGAUACUUGCAAUUAUGUGGUGAAUGAAAACUGGAACGACUGUGCUUCCUCGGUUCUAGACAUUUACCACGAGCUUAUAGCUGCUGGGAUUCGUAUAUGGGUUUUCAGUGGAGAUGCAGAUGCUGUUGUACCAGUCACAUCAACCCGGUACAGCAUAGAUGCUCUAAACCUUAGUACAACUAGUCCCUAUGGUCCUUGGUACAUAGACGGACAGGUGGGAGGGUGGACUCAGCAGUAUGCAGGUCUAAACUUUGUGACUGUGAGAGGCGCAGGACAUGAAGUUCCUUUGCACAGACCAAAGGAGGCACUUGCGCUCUUUAAGGCUUUUAUUUCUGGAACUCCAUUGUUGUCCACACCGGAGAAGAGCAUCAGGAGCGAGAUGUCUGAACUCGUUAGUGACUCAUGAUGAGUUCUGGCUUGAUGAAGAUAUUCUCAGUCGUUGAAUGAUGAACAGAGGGAGAGAAUAAAUAAGAGCUUUUAAUGUACUUGGUUUCGCUGGUUCUUCCUCUUUGUUUGUUUGAAACAUUUUAAUGUUAGGCUCUACUACGUUUCUUUCUACCAUAUAUCAGCCACAUUCAAGAAAACACAUUGUGUUUAUGAGAAAUGGAAAAGUAGGUAAUAUGAACUUGUUAAAGAGUA